CGAUGAUACGGUGAACGGCGGUAGCAGUGCAGCGCACGGGAUGAGGCGUGCGGCGAGCUCCGCCGGUGGCGGUGGCCGAGAUGGACGGCCACCCUGCGACUGCGAGCGCCAUAAAUGCGCACAUGCCAUGCCUGGCUCCGCCGAGCCUACGUCCGCUGCUGCUGCUGCCACUGUGGUCGCUGUGAGUGCCCCAACCUCCCUCCCCUCUCGCCUGGCUACCCUCCUUCAAUGCCACAGUGCCGAUCGACCGUCUCGUCCUCGCCCACUACUUAAUGGCGACCCCGUGUAGCCCACAUGGCACCACACCAUCGACCGCCGCGGCAAGUCGGCCGGCAUCACCCCCAUCAAAAGCGCACGAGCUCCAGCCAGAACGCAAGCCACGAAGGCCAUGGCCAUGACGGCCCGCGCCGCCGCGCUCCUGCUGCUGCUCGGCCUCGCGUGCAACGCCGCCCUGGCCGCGCGCGACGUCGUCGGCGGCGCCGCCCAGGUUAAGGCCAAGGCCAAGGCCGGCAAGAAGCCGGCCAAGCCGUACGUGCCGCCGGCCACCAAGCCCCCCGGGACUGGCGUCGUCGGCGGAGGCGGAGGCGGGAUGCCUGCCAUCCCGGGCUUCGGCAGCAUCCCGGGGUUCAACGUGCCCGGGAUGGGGGGCGGGUGGGGCGGGGGCUACGGCGGGCCGGACGGCGGGUACGCGCGCGGCGGCGUGGCGGCCUCCACCACGGUCUGCUCCGAGAAGGGCCCCUGCUACAAGAAGAAGCUGACGUGCCCCAAGAAGUGCUUCUCCUCCUACAGCGGCGCCGGCAAGGGGUACGGCGGCGGCGGGGGCGGAGGCGGGUGCACCGUCGACUGCAAGACCAAGUGCGUCGCCUACUGCUGAAAGCUGAUCGAUCGUACGUACGGGGAGCUCGGCGGCUACGCGCCAUGGCCGACGGCGCCGGUGGUGAGCAUGAGCGAGCACCACAUUAUCCGUGACAGCAUAUACAUAGAUGUAAUAUCGUGGCUUCUUGGGUGUCAGAAUCGCUAUGAACUUUGAAGUGUGUGAACAAAUAAACUGAGAGAGACGUAUGAUAUGUGUUGCA